AUGUCACACCUGUCAAGGACGCAUAAUGUGCUGGACAUCUACCCGGAUAAGAUUCAAGCGCUGAGGUUCAUUCGAGACAGCGUGGAAGGUCCUCAGGGGGACCCUUUGUCAACGGGGGCGUUCCGGUACUGGCCAAAGGGUGAUUCAGUCUUCAUCACGCAUUUCAAGUGGCCGAGAGAUAUUCGAGGGCAAGCAGAGAUGAAUAUUACCAGAGUGCAGGUGGUUGACGCAUGGAUACGAGCCUACAAUGUCAUCGAACACGUCGUCCAGGUCCAACAUGCGGUCCGUCAGAGCACUCUUGUGCCUCCUCAACACAAGCUGGUUGGCAGCUCCCAAAAGCCAUGGUGGAACCAUGUCCAACUGAUUCAUGGGUUGCACCUUCACUCAACGGCCUUCUUGAACUACAUCCAGAGCGAGGACUUCGACCUCACUGGUCGAUCCGCCUGGUACACAGCGGAGGCGAAACUAAUUCGUCGAAGCCUACCCGCCCACAUCGAUGCCACACUCCCUGACUUCACAUUACCGUUUCAAGUCCUAGGCGCGCUCAUCGACACACUCGCAGAGGAUGAACCUCUGUCUGUCGUCUGGAGCUUCGUUAAGCCUCUCGACAUCUCGCUGAUCGACCGUCUUGCACCUUCGGAAGGUGCUUGGAGGCAGCAGGUACUGGAGUGCGCGGAGCCCGAGGGCAGGCGAGGUGAGGACGAUACAGCAUCCCGGUCCGCUACGCCGCCCUCGUCGCCACACAAGGCAAUCACACCUCCGGUCAUCAACCUCUAUCGUCCAACCACGCGAGCUCCCAUCGACGACCCAUCCUCUGGUGAUCGUUCCCCGUCUACGGCUCCAUUCGUGGAUUCUGACGAAGAGGCGAGACUGAUAUCCUCGGCCCCUACGCUCCUGCCCAAUUUCCCGCCCGGCAAAUAUGAGGCGCAUGCAGCAUGGAGGGAUGGGUCCGCGCAAGUCACUCGUCGGCGGGCGGACCCAAAACGGGAUUCACGUGGAUACCAGUCUUUGGCAGAGUAG